AUGUAUGAAAUGAAAUUAGUCUCUCGAGGUAAAAAUAAGGGCAGCAUUUUCUUCAGAGAUUCAUACAAUUUGAUACCAAUGUCAUUGGCUUCUCUUGUCCCGGCUUUUGGGCUUCAGGUUGAGGAUAAACCAUUCUUCCCUCACCUCGCGAACAACCCUAACAACUAUGGAAAAUACAUCUUUCCAUCAAAGAACGACUACUUGGCAGAGGGAAUGAUGCCUGAUAAAAGGAAGAUCUUCGAUCAAUGGUUUGAACAACACCAGCAUGAACCAUUCCAACUUGACGAAGCUCUUGCUUCGUAUUGUACCAAUGAUGUCGAAAUUUUGAUGGCCGGACUCAUAGCGUUCCGUAAAGAAUUUAUUGAGGUUUCAAAAGGAAUGGAUGUUCUGAGAGAGGCUAUGACCAUCGCUUCAGCUUGCAUGAAGCACUUCAGGACCAACCAUUUGAAGGCUGAACAUAUUGGGAUUGUACCUGAACGCGGUUAUGACAACGCUGAGAAUCAGAGCCGAAUUGCCUUCAAAUUUAUGGAAUGGUAUGCUGAAGAAAAUCAUGUUGAGAUUCAAACAGCUUAUUCGAUUGAAGGAGAAAAGAGAAUUGGUAAUUAUCGUUUGGAUGGUUGGGUGGAGAGCCAACAACUUGGUAUCGAAAUUAAUGGCUGUUGUUGGCAUGGUUGUAUUAAAUGUUAUCCAGACGACAAUAUUGUCUUACCCAAUGGUAAGACUGCUGGACGACAACGAGAGCAGGACAACAAAAGACUUGAAUUCAUCAAGUCUCAAAUUAAAGUGGAAGUUUACUGGGAAUGUGAAAUAUUGGACAUGGUGAAGAAGGAUAAAGAAAUGAGACAAAAGUUUAACAACUAUAUUGACAACGGUCCAAUCGAUAUCCGGUCAGCAUUCUUCGGAGGAAGAACCGGGCCACUUAAAUUGUUUCAUCAAGUACAGCCUGGAGAGAAAAUCAGCUAUUUCGACGUGACCUCCCUUUACCCUUUUAUUAAUGUCACAACAAAAUAUCCUACUGGACAUCCAACAGUGCAUGUUUUGAAUGAAGAUGUUUCCUGGGCCAAUUCUAGGGAUAACAAGUUCGAGCUUGCCAUACUUAAGGUCUUUGUGAUUCCACCUCGAAAGAUCGAUGUGCCGGUUUUGCCUGUGAAGUUUGACGACCGACUACUCUUCCCGCUUUGUGCUACAUGUGCUCGCCUUUUUCCUCAGGGAUCUGUGAACGAGGACUAUACCUGCGAGCAUGAAGAUCGGGAUCGAGGAUGGGUGAGUACAUGUACAUCAGUGGAGUUGAACGCAGCGCUCGACGAAGGUUAUCGAGUAACUAAAAUUUUCCGCGUCCUCGAAUAUACUGCUUCUGACAGCAGACUCUUCAGACCGUAUAUUGCUGAGUUUAUGGCUCAAAAGAUACAUGCCAGCGGAUUUGACGACAGUAUCAAAGGAAACUUUGAAGCCGAGGAGAAAUUCAUCAGAGAAUGCGCGGAUAUAUUCGAUAUAAAUAUUGAACGUGGAAAGAUGGUAAUGAAUAAGGGGAAGAGGACACAGGCAAAAUUAUGCCUCAACAAUCUUUGGGGUCGCUUUGCCUUGAGAAACUUUGGACUAAGUCAAUGCACUGUGACAGACCGUCCUUCAACACUUAGAAAAAUGUUGGACGAUAGCACCAAGGAAGUUUCUGGUGUUGAUGAGCUCACUCCACUUGUAGUACUCAUCUCACAUCUGACCAAAAAGGAUUUUGUUGAAGAGCAUGAGUGUUCAAAUGUCGUGAUCUCCCUUUGGACCACUGCUUGCGCGCGCAUCCAUCUUCUGAGGGCAAUGCAGAAAGUCGUCAGGACACCUGGGUGCACUCUCCUUUAUACAGACACGGACUCUUUAAUCUUCGUACACCCUGAGAAGACGUGCCCGCUGCAGCUUGGUCCUCAUCUCGGCCAAUUUACCAAUGAGUACCCUCGACAUGACAUUCUGGAGUAUUGCUCAGGUGGUGCAAAACAAUACGGCCUUAAACUUCAGAAAAAAGAUGAUCCGGAUGCCGAUUUGGACUAUGUGCUUAAGGUCAGAGGAAUGACACUUAACUGGGACGUGGUCAAUAAACAAGGACUUCGUUAUGAAACGUUUAAAGAAAAAGUGUUAAGUUUUGUUAACGAUGGCUAUUGUGACCCGAUUAAUAUUGUCUACCCACAUUUCCUCAAACCAUCUGUGAAGAAAGGAUCUGUGUUCACACAGUCUCUUCAGAAAAAAUACCGACCCUUUGUUGGGAAAGGUGUAAUACGUCCAAGUGAUCAUAAAGUUUUAGAUUUUGGUUUUAAUUUGUAA